GGCGCCGGCAGCCGGCCCCUCGCCGGGCCGCGGCGGCCGCGGCUGGCAGCGUGCCUGCUGCUGGCGCAGGCGGCCCUGUCCUCCGGCGCUUACCACGGCAGGCGGGACGACAACGAGAUCAGGCUGCUCCAGUGGAACCCGCACUGGGAGUGCGCCGAGUGGAACGAGCACGAAUGUGGCCGCUACGCGAAGGAGAGCUUGUGGGCGGAGCUUGUCGGUCACAGCAUCGACUUCGCCAACAUCGUGCGAGGGGGGCAGCAGGAGGAGGCGAAGCGGGCAGUCGACAUGGUUCGGCUGCAUGCGCCGCACGAGCGCCUGGCGCUGGGGUUCGGCACGGAGACCCCGAACCCCCCGCCCAUCGGGAGUUGGGUCGAGGACCUGGCCGAUGACAGUACGCGGUCACAGCCAGGCGCGGGGUUCGAGACGCCGGUGCAGACGAGGCGUGCCAGCAUCGACUGCGAGCGCCUGUCGCGCAAGCUGUCGCAGCUGCAGGUGGGCUCGAACGCGGGCGCCUGGCCCAGCGCACCGCCGCCGGUGGAGCCGAUGACCGUCGACUGCGCGCGGCUGUCCUGCGAGACGUCUGGUUCGCGAGCUUCCUCCGCGUGCGUCCCAAUCGGAACGGUCGGCCACCCCGUCAGCUUCUCAGCCCCCCGCGAGCACGCAGGCUUGCCAGGAGGCUGCAGGGACGCGGGCUUCGUUGCGCAGCGAGGGCCCCAGGAGGUCGCCCCGAGCAGCGCCAGCGUCGCCGCGGACAAGGCCCUUACCUGGCUCUCCCCCGCGGAGCAGGCCUCGGCGGGGUCGCGGGGGCACCCCGGGUGCUGCGCGGGGCCCUGCAAGUACCGCAAGCGCAAGGGCGGCUGCCGGAACGGGGCGGACUGCCCGGACUGCCACGUGUGCCACUGGAGUCGCCGGCCGCUCGCGGCGAGCAGCGGCAGCCCUGCGGUGCCGGGCGGGGGCCGUGCGCUGCCGGGCUGGGAGCCGCCCGUGGCGCGGGCCGAGCCGGCAUUGGCACUGACCGCCGCCAGCUCGCACCACACGCAGCCAUCGAGCAGGGAGGGGCCGUCGCCGUCCGAGCUGCCCGCCAGCCGCUUCUGGCGCGGCGGGCCCUGCCCGGACCCCGGGUGCCCCAGCUUGGGGUCGAUCGGCCAUCCUCUCUGCUGCGGGGCACCCUGCAAGUACGUGCGCAACCACGGAUGCAAGGAAGGCUACAACUGCAAGAGAUGCCAUUUCUGCAAGUGGCACCGCUACCACGGCCGGCAGCCUGCCGGCCAGCCAGCGCACGGCUACCAGCUCGAGCCCAGGCAGCACCUGGCACCGGGCACCUGGCACCCGUAA